CAAGCGCAUUGUGUCAGGGGCGGGCGAGAUAGCGUGGUUCCGUUGGGAGCGGGCUGCAGCCGCCGCUCCCCGCUCCGCCGCGCUGCCGGCCUGACCUUGAGCUCCCCCUCGGGGCCCAGAGCCUUCGGGAACGGGGUAACGCCUCAGGCUCCAGCCCGGCAGAGCGCCGCGCUGCUGGCCACUAAGACGGAAGGCAGGGCGUCUGCUCUCGUGGCCUCCCCACUUGCCCCGCUGCUGCGGUACUGACUUGUGCUUGGCUGCUUGCUUUCAGGUCCCCUGGCGCCGUGUCCCGGAGCGGCUGCGAUCGCAACCAGACGUCCCCGGCACACCGCCGCCCAGGCCGGGCGGCCCUGCCAGCGUCGUCGAGAGCAUUGAGGGCUCUUUAGCGGCGUCAGCCUGGAGAGUUUUGCCCUGGCACAGUGGCUCCGCGGAAGUCCCACGCCGGUAAUGCGAUAAGGAGAAUUGAGAUGAACUAUAGCAAGAAAAACAGUAUGGUGGAUUCAGAAGGUUCUGCCCCAAAGAAGGCAAAGGAAUAUCUAAGCACUGAUGUAACAGCUACCUCUGGAAGACAUUAUCUUUGCGGCUGCUGUGCAGCCUUCACAAAUAUAGCAAUCACUUUUCCGAUCCAGAAGGUCCUCUUUCGACAGCAGUUGUAUGGUUUGAAAACAAAGGAUGCACUACAUCAGCUGCAGAAGGACGGGAUUCGAAAUCUCUAUCGUGGUAUCCUUCCUCCCUUAAUGCAGAAAACGACAACACUGGCUUUAAUGUUUGGCUUGUAUGAAGAUGUCUCAUCCCUGCUCCAUAGCCACACGAAUGCUCCUGAACUAGUCGCUUGCAGCAUGGCAGCAGCACUUGCAGGGACCACAGAAGCUGUUCUUACACCUUUUGAGCGAGUUCAGACUUUGCUUCAGGACUACAAACACCACGAUAAAUUUACAAACACUUACCAGGCUUUCAAGGUACUGAAAGUCUAUGGGGUGAGAGAGUAUUAUCGGGGACUGGUGCCUAUUCUGCUCCGAAAUGGACCCAGUAAUGUACUUUUCUUUGGCCUACGGGGACCUAUUAAACAGUGUCUGCCCGAAGCAACUUCUUACAGCACUCAUUUGGUCAAUGACUUUAUCUGCGGAGGGCUGUUGGGUGCCAUGCUUGGAUUCUUAUUUUUCCCAGUGAAUGUUGUAAAAACUCGCAUGCAAGCUCAAAUUGGUGGUGAAUUUCAGUCCUUUUCAAAAGUUUUUGUGAAGAUCUGGCUGGAACGAGAUAGAAAACUCAUCCACCUUUUCCGAGGAGCCCAUCUGAAUUACCAUCGUUCUCUCCUGUCCUGGGGCAUAAUCAAUGCAACCUAUGAAUUCUUGCUAAAGCUGUCAUGAAAACCACUGUCUUCCUUCAGCUCCUCUGUUCAUGUGGUUAUUGGGACAUACAAUGUCACUUAAUCGCAGGAAACAGUGCCUGCGUAGUAUGAAAGGUAAUUAGUCUUGGCCUUCAAUAUUUAUGGAGUGAAUGGUGAUGCAUCUAAACCUUGGUGCAACUAAGGUGAACUUUAAAAAUUAUUUAUUUGCUGGCAGGUGAGUUUUCCCAUAAUGGAGCUACUAGACAAAUAAAAGAUUUAAAACAAAAUAAAUUUAAAAAUACUUUUAUUAGUCCAGCAGCUUAUUCUGUAUCACUCCCAAAAUUUUGUAACACUUUGAUGGAAUGUGCUCCAUUAUCCACACUGUAGAUCAUAAAAAAUCAAGGAUCAGCUGAUGAAAAUUGAUUCUUUUGCCUGAUAAACAUCAAAAUCUCCAUUUAAGAACUGUAUUUUGUAAUGUUUUAGAGUCCUAAGUACUUCCUGCUAUUUAAAGCUAAAAGGACAGAUCCAGAUGGGGAUAACUGAAGUUUAGAACUUCAAACUUAAAUGAAGCCUACACAAACUGCUUUUUGCCAGCUGUUUUGAUGCUUGGCUUUAACAUGAGUAUUUCAUUCAGCAGUGGUUACCAAAUGUUUUAAUUUCAGUGUAAACUGACUUCGGAGUGGAAUCUGUAUGUAUAUGUACUUGUGUGCCUUCGUGUAAAAAGGGAAAAGUGGAAGGAAUGAAAUGGCAAAUCUACUAAAGCUUUAAAGUGUCCUUCCUUGUUAAAAAAACUUCAACUUGUAAACAUGGAGUUUGUUCUGCUUUUUGUGGUUGGUUGGUUGGUUUUGGUUUUUGGGGAUUUUUUUUUUAUUGCUGCUUUUUCUGUUACUUGCAGCUAUGGGGCUAGAAAGAAGAUGGCCCCUUCUGUAAUGCUCAUGAAAUGAGUUAGCUUCCUGCAGCAGAGAAAGUAGCUCAAAACCACAGCUCUUUGUACCGAGUUAUCUUGUCUCUUGCAAACUUUUGUUUCGUUUGAGUGUGGAAUAAUGGAUCACAAGAAGGUACUUUAACCUGAAGCUUGGUGUUCUGCCUACUUGAUACAUACUCUUGAUGGUUCUGUAAGGCAGAAUUGUGUAGCACCAUUGACAAAGAUGAGGUUUUUGGGUAUUACUGACUUAAGUGGAGGUCUUUAUAGCAGAGAUAACAGCCAAAGAUUACUUUAGAAGGAGCUAGGUAGGAAAGAUACAGUGUUUGGAGAUGCGUUUAAGUCUUCUAUAGGUGACUAUUGAAAAAGACUUAACAGAUAUAGGAAGAAUUAUGUGUCUUACAGACUUGGGAGUUGAGAGAUAAGACUUGAGGCCUUAGAGAAAGCGACAGAAGAGCAAGCAUGGCCAUAAAACAGAUGAGGGUCUCAACAAAAAGCAUUUGAUUUUUCCUGGGGGCUUUGUUUUAUGAAACUCUAUAUGUAAGAAAAUAUUUUGAAUAAUGGGGGGCAGGAAAGCUUUCAGAAACUGGUCUGAAUUGGUCUUUUCAUAAGUUUUGAAUGGCUGUUACUUUUUAAAAUUUGAGUUUUCCAUCUGCUAAACUGUCCCAAAACAUUGAUUCUAAUCCGUGUGUUAUAAUAUAGUCCCUAGCUUGACAGUCAGAAAUGCCCAGGCACAAGUGAGCAUCCUAUAUCUGAAUGUUGCGAUCAUCUGUAUUUAAAUAAAAUGUUUACUGAAUGUU